CCCCUUCGCUGACUGGACCGUAAACUCCGGGCGUGCGGCCCCUGUCGGCCCGAGGGCUGCGGUUCCUGCUGUAACCAGGGGUUACCCGGGGUCGGGGGCGCGACCGGACCGCCCGGGGUGUCCGCGGCGUGACUGUCCCCCGCUCCGGGUCCCCCGCUGCCAAGUCCCGCCUUCACCUGCCGCCGUGGUCUGCAGGACCGCGCGCACCUUUCCCGGCGCUGCCGCUGGCGUCGAGUGUUCUCGCAGGAUUCCCUCCUGCAAAUGCGGUUGCGUCCCGCUGCGGAGCACUCGCCGGCUUCCUGUUGUUGUAUUUUGUUGAGCCGAGUUUGCACUUGGGAAGAUCCUUUGAAACGGGGACAGCACUCUCGGGGCGGAGAAGUCUGUUGCGAGUCUUAUCUGUGGAACUAGUUUUGCAGAAUCCCGCCUUUCCUCCCGCUAGUGCGCGCAGUGCACAUCCCACGUGGGAGGCUGUCUUAUCUUCCGGGUGUACCAGGCGCACAAGUCGUGCCCUUGUAUCAAUGCCCCAUUGCUAGAAGCUCCGUGUAGGGCUGUGUGUUUCUGCACGGCGGGCGUGAAGAAGGGUCGCUUGGUUUCUUUCUGCUCCGCAAGACUGACGCCAAGCUUUGGAACCGGGGAGGAGGUCCAGGGAAGACCGGUCAACUGGAGGGGCCUUGGGGUAGGUCAAGCGGUGCUGGAGAAGCGGUGGCAUCUUGGAUUUGACGGUACUUUUCUCCGGCUCCAUUGUCCGAAGAGCCUGCGAUGGGAUGGACGAAGAAGAAGAGAGCCACUACGUCUCGCAGCUCAGGGAAGUCUACAGCAGCUGUGACACCACAGGGACUGGCUUUCUGGACCGUGAGGAACUGACCCAGCUCUGCCUCAAGCUUCACCUGGAGAAGCAGCUGCCCGCCCUCCUGCAGACUCUUCUUGGAAAUGACCACUUCGCCAGGGUUAACUUUGAAGAAUUUAAGGAAGGUUUUGUGGCUGUGUUGUCAUCAAAUGCUGCUGUUGGCCCCUCGGAGGAAGAAAGUAGUACUUUGGAAACAGCUGCCUCUCGUGCUGUCCCGCCAAAAUACGUGCGGGGCUCUAAGUGGUACGGCCGCCGGAGCCAGCCCGAGCUGUGUGAUGCUGCCACCAAAGCCAGAUGUGUACCGGAACAGCAAACCAAGGCCAACCUGAAAAGCCAACUCCGACGUUCAGCGUCCCUGGAAAGUGUAGAGAGUCUCAAGUCAGAUGAAGAAACUGAAAGUGCUAAAGAACCUCAGAAUGAAUUAUUCGAAGCACAAGGCCAGCUGCAGACCUGGGGUUCUGAGGUCUUCAGGAGCCCCCAGAAGUCCUGCAGCCCCUCCUGUGACACCCCUGAGAGCCAGGUCCAGGGCAUCUGGGAAGAGCUAGGUGUUGGCAGCAGUGGGCACCUGAACGAGCAGGAGCUGGCUGUGGUCUGCCAGAGCGUCGGGCUCCGAGGACUGCAGAAAGAGGAGCUGAAGGACCUGUUUAACAAAUUGGACCGAGACGGAGAUGGCAGAGUGAGUCUUGAGGAAUUCCAGCUUGGCCUGUUGAGUCAUGAGCCCACCUCACUUCCAGAAUCUUCCACUCAGGUCAACCUGAGCAGGCCCUGGUCUCAUUACCAGGUCCAAGAGGAGAGCUGCUGCCACACCACCACGACCUCAUCCCUCGUGUCCCUGUGCUUGGGCCUGCGCCUCUUCUCCAGCAUCGAUGAUGGCACUGGCUUUGCCUUUCCUGAGCAGGUCAUGGCGGUGUGGGCCCAGGAGGGGAUUCAGAACGGCAGGGAGAUCUUGCAGAGCCUGGACUUCAGUGUGGACGAGAAGGUGAACCUUAUGGAGCUGACCUGGGCCCUUGACAACGAGCUCAUGACAGUGGACGGUGCCGCCCAGCAGGCAGCCCUGGCCUGCUACCGCCAGGAGCUGAGCUACCACCAAGGGCAGGUGGAGCAGCUGGCGAGAGAGCGGGACAAGGCAAGGCAGGACCUGGAGAGGGUCGAGAAGAGGAACCUGGAAUUUGUGAAGGAGAUGGAUGAUUGCCACUCUGCCCUGGAGCAGCUCACAGAGAAGAAAAUCAAGCACCUGGAGCAGGGGUACCGGGGAAGGCUGAACCUCCUGCGGUCCGAGGUGGAGGCGGAGCGGGAGCUGUUCUGGGAGCAGGCCCGCAGGCAGAGGGCUGCGCUGGAGCACGACGUGGGGCGCCUGCAGGCCGAGGAGGCCAGCCUCCGAGAGAAGCUGACCCUGGCCCUGAAGGAGAACAGUCGCUUACAGAAGGAGGUCGUGGAAGUGGUGGAGAAGCUCUCGGAUUCAGAGAAGCUGGUCCUGAAACUGCAGAACGACCUGGAGUUGGUGUUGAAGGACAAGCUGGAGCCGCAGAGCACGGAGCUCCUGGCCCAGGAGGAGCGGUUCACGGCGGUCCUGGAGGAAUAUGAGGUCAAGUGCCGGGACCUGCAGGACUGCAAUGACGAGCUGCAGGCCCAGCUGGAAGGCCUGCGGGCGCAGCUGCCCGCCAGUCGACAGAGCUCCUCCAGGGGCCUGGGACAGCGGCUCUCUGGACAGGGCCCAGCAGGCAUCUUGCUCACAGGCAGUUCUGCUCCAGUGAGUAUAGAGACGGAGAUAAUGAUGGAGCAGCUGAAGGAGCACCACCGAGACCUCAGGAUCCAGCUGGAGACCAAGGUAAAUUACUACGAGAGGGAAAUCGAAGUAAUGAAAAGGGACUUUGAGAAGGAGAGAAAGGAGAUGGAGCAGGCUCACAAGCGCGAGGUCGGCGUGCUGGAGGAGCAGAAAGCAGACCUGGAGAUGCUCCACGCCAAGUCUCAGGAGGUCAUCCAGGGCCUGCGGGAGCAGCUGCAGGACUUGGCCCACGGGCCCCAGCCGGAGCAGCUGGGCCUGGCGCUGGCGCCGUGCUGCGCCCAGGCGCUCUCCAGCCUGGCCCUGCGGCUGGAGGAGGAGCUGCACCUGAGACACCGGGGCCAGCUGCAGCAGAUCAGGAGAGAGGCUGAGGGCGAGCUGAGCCGGAAGCUGUCAUGGAUGGAAGUGCAGCACGCCGCCCGCUGCGAGGACCUGUCCCUGCAGCAUCAGCGCGAGAAGGAUGAGCUGCUGCAGAAGCACCUGCUGCAGGUGAGCGACCUGGCGGAGCAGCUCGACCAGGAGAAGCGACGGCAGGCAAAGAGGGAGGAGGAGAUCCUCACGCGCUGUCGAAAGCAGCAGCUGAAGCUGCAGGAGUUGAUGAGUGAAGAGCAGGCGCAGAUUUGCAAGUCAUUCGCCCUUGAGAAGGAGAGGUUAGAACUUGCCUACAGGAAGCAGGUGGAAGAGCUUGCCCAGGAAGUGGAGGCACUGCGGGCUCUUUGGAAAGGCGGUCUGCCAGUGGCAAGGAGCGAACAGGAGAGCGCACACGGCCUCACGCCCCCACGUCCAGGCAGUGGGGAGCAGCCUCCAGCCCGGCUGGAACCGGGCGAUGGUGGAGAGAUGGGGGAGCCGGCGGGAGGCGGCCCUGGCUGUGUACAAGCCGGGUGCAGGGAUGUGGCAGGCCAGCCCUGCUGUGUAGAUGGCAUGCAGAGCCCAGCUGCAGCCCCUGCCCUGGUGGCCAGUAGGCCCUCGGAGAGCCUCGGCGUCAGAGAGAACUGUCAGGGUUUGCUUAACACUGAGGAGGGGGCUUCUAUUCCCCCAGAGAGGUGGUCACGUGUGCAGCCACAUGGGGUGGACAGAGGGGCCGUCCCAGGGGAAUCAGUGCCUUCUGCCAGGGGUCCAGCGGACCUGAGCCAGCCUGAAGCCCAGGAGGGAGAUGUCAGGCCAGCUCAGCCCCAGAGCUGGGGGCCACAGCUAAGCCCAGCCUCCUCGGGGAGGGGACAGGCUGAGAGGCCACAAGCUGUUCUAGAGGAGCGAGCUGGGAGCCGGAGUAGGGUGCUGGACUCUGGGGGGGUCCAGAGACCGGCCUCGGAGGAGCAGGCUGGGGAUGAGGGUGCCAGGAGAGGGUCCUUGCCCUCCCAGCCCCAGCUUGCCGUCCCGGGGGAGAUGGAGGUCGAUGCAGCACUGGAGAAAGAAAAGAAUGACGUGAAAACCAAACUUCUGCAGCUGGAAGAUGUCGUCCGGGCUCUCGAGAAAGAAGCAGAUUCAAGAGAGAAAGACAGAAUCGAAUUUCAUAGGCUCUCUGAAGAAAACACUGUGUUGAAAAAUGAUCUGGGAAGGAUUCAGCAAGAGCUUGAAGCUGCAGAAAGCACCAAUGAUGCACAGAGGAGGGAAAUUGAAGCUUUAAAGAGAGACAAGGAAAAGGCCUGCUUUGACAUGGAGGAGCUCAGCAAACAGAGUCAGAAAUACAAGGAUCAAUUGUCCCAGCUCAACCACAGUGUCCUUCAGCUGCGAGAGGAGGCUUCUACCCGCCAGGCCCAGAAUGAGGAGAGUCGCACCACCAUCCAGCUGCUCACACAGAGCCUGGAGGAGGCAGGGCGCCGGGGAGAGCAGCAGAGUGACCAAAUCCAAAAACUUGAAGUUGAACUUGAACGUGUGAAUCAAGAAUGUCAGAGCCUGAGACUGUCCCAGUCAGAACUGACAAAGACCCUUGAAGAGAGUCAAGACCAGUUGCAGGGAGCCCAGCAGAGGCUGAAGCUGGCCCAGUCCCAGCACUCUCAGGAGGUCCAGCAGCUACAGGAGCAGGUGGGCCGGCUGGUGCCUCAAGACCACGUGGCUAAACUACAGCACCUGCUCAGCCUCCAGCAAACACAGCAGGAGGAACAUGAAAAACAGCUGAAAGCCACAGAGGAGCGGCUGGGCGAGGCGGAGAUGAUGCUGCAGCACGUGGAGAUGCUCCUCCAAGAGAAAGUGGAGGAGCUGAAAGGACAGUUUGAAAAGAACACGAAGUCCAACCUGUUGCUCAAGGAGCUCUAUGUGGAAAAUGCUCACCUGGUGAAGGCGCUUCAGGUCACCGAACAGAAGCAACGAGGUGCUGAGAAAAAAAGCCGCAUCUUGGAAGAAAAAGUGCAAGCUCUCAACAAACUCAUCAGUAAGAUUGCUCCCGCAGCCCUGUCUGUGUAGACGGCUUUCCUUUCCUAGGGGCACCCUUGGCCGCGUGGGGAUUGUGAAUCUUUGUUCGCCCCACACACAUUUAAUGGAUUUCUACUACGUGCCAGAUGCUGGGGAAAUAUACAUGUUGCGAAAGACUACAUUUUUAUUGGCAGUCCUGAGUAAUUUCCCAUUGGAAAAUUCUCACUUUUUCUAUUCAAUGGUGAGAUGAAUUAUGGGGGCUCUCAGCAAAGAACAGCUAAAAAAGGCAAAAUCGGGCUCUGUAGAGUUUUGCCAUUUCUCUGUUCUGGCCUUACAUCAUUAGAACUCUGGACGGUGGGUCUGUACACACGUCCUUCUGGAAGGGCCUCACUCGCUGUGAACUGUCAAACAGGAGAUAAAGGAGGGGAAGCCCCUUCUUUAGGGACUGCUCCCCCAUGGGGGGAUGUCUGGGCAGGGCUUAUCUUCUGUGGACUCAGGGAUGAUGGUGUUUAUUUGUGAAUGCAAUCUUUUCCUCAUUGAAACGUCAUCGCACUGGAAAUUGUACUAUAUGUAAAAAAAAAAGUAUAGUUUUAUACCUGAAAUAUACAUAAAUUAUAGCCAUUUGGUUUAUCAGAAUGUACUACUGUAAUAUGAAAAGAAUCACUGUAUUUGUAAUAAUUUUUUUCUAUUAAAAUUGACUUGUUUUUAUUUUA